UCCAUAGCUUGCCUCAAAUUUGCGCUUACAUACUUCGUUUACUCCGAUUCGCGUUAACAUGCUGUAUUUUCAUUAACAGCUGUCCGAACGCUAUAUGCAAAUGUUUUUCUUAUCUGUGUGAUCUGAGAAUGAUAAUGCAAAGUUUAAAUGCGCCGACCGUUAGCGCUUACGGCACAGCCUCUAACGGCGUUGCUCGUAUUUAAAUUUCAAACUGCCAGCAAAACACGCUCUCAUGACAACCAAUAGGUGCGCAUGGCCACCAGAGUCGCCAAGUGGAAAUCAACAAAGUAUCCAACCGGCUGGGCUGUGGCACUACAGCGCCGAGUGUGCUUGUCCCCCAACGCAAGCGAACCAGUUGUCAGUUGCAUGAGGUGCCAGCGUCGUCUCUCAAGUUGAAACAUAUUCAACGCAAAACUUACGUAAAUUCUGCAUAUGCAUUUUUAAAUAUAGACAUACGCAGGUAACGCCAUGUUGCAAGGAAUGCCCUACAAUCUGCUAAAAUUAUAUGCAGCGCCUAAUUAAUCAAGCAAAGAAGCCCAACGCCCAGCAUGAUUAUGGCUUCUUUGCGCGUAGUCAAUAGAUUAGUGUGUCGUGGCUUUGUUGUGCUGACGCUGCUGCUCAUGUUUUUCAAUGAAGUACUUAUUUACUAUAUAGCGCAGUCCAGCUGGAACCCAAUCGAUUGCAAGCUGGAAAACUGCACACGUCUGCUGCUUAUUGCAGAUCCACAAAUCCUAGGCACCUCCUACGAUCGUUCAUCGCACAGCCCGCUUGCGCGUUACGACUUGGAUCGUUAUCUACAGAAAUCCUUUGAUCGUGCCGUAUCCUUUACACAACCUCACAUUAUAGUAUUUCUAGGUGAUUUGCUCGACGAGGGUAACAUAGCUACCGCUCAGGAAUACAAGCAAUAUGUGCAGCGCUUCAAGCGUAUCUAUAGGAAUAAGAAGCUAACAAAUUUUCGCAUGAUUUCUGCCUACUUUCAGCGUGUUCAUGUCCCUGGUGAUAACGACAUUGGCGGCGACAAUGGCGACUACAUUUCCAACUCAAAUCAGCGACGUUUUGAAAAUCACUUUAUGAGCGAGGAUCUGUUUGACUAUGACAAUCAUUUACGUUUCUUCAAGAUCAAUCGCAUGCUAUUGGAUUUCACAAAUCCAGAUAAGGAGCACAAUGCCGAACGUCUACGCAUUGGAGUCACCCAUGCACCACUGCUUAUUGGCGGUGGGCCGCUGUUACGCGCCGUUAUUAGCGAUUUGGAUCCACAUAUUAUUUUUUCUGGUCACUGGCACGAAUCGCGCAUAUUUAUAUACCCGUCGACAAAAGUAAUUAAUUUUUAUGAGAAUGCCGUGCGGCAUUUUGAUCUGAAAGCGCUCAAGGAACAGGAGCACAGCUACCUGGAGAUUAUGGUGCCAACAUGCUCGUAUCGUAUGGGUAAAUCCAAGAUUGGCAUGGGGUAUGCGGUGCUAGAAAAUUAUAAUCUAAGUUACACGGUCCUGUGGCACCCCAAUCGCUUUAUACUGCUCUUCACAUAUGUGUUUUGGGGCCUAUUUGUGCUGUGCAGUGCCAUUGUCUACAAAAUGAUGACACGAUGUCCCUUCCGAGUGGCCAAACGGCAAUCUGUUUAUAGUCGUGUAGCAAAUAUACCUCAAUUUUAGACUGUAUAAUCCUACAUAUAUUUAUAAGCAAUAGAUUCUUUUUAUUAACUAGUGUAGCUUGUUAUAAUCAAAAUAUAUCGCAUAUUAAAGAACUGAAUAAGUAGAAGCCUAACAA